CUCAUCCACAUUCUUCUCCUUAGCUCUUCUCUCUUUCUCCCUCAUCCACACACACACACACACAAAUAACUCAUGAAAAUUUAACUGUGCUUAAUUAGCAUACUCUUGAAGCACACUUUGCGGAGCUAGUUGCCAGCGAGAUUUGGUUGUUUAAGACCUUAAGAAGCUAGCUAGAUUUGGAUAUAUAUGCUUAUAUAGAUAGGUUUUGAAGCCAAUAAUCCAUCUCGGGAUCCAUUCAUCUUUCUCAGCUUUUCUUCUUAGUUUCUCUCUUGGCGGUGUUCUCAAGAAGCUACAAGGUUGAAGAAUAGAGAAAACUAUAUAAUUAAGGUGGAUCCAUGAGCUAAAGAGAUCAGAUCCAUUCCCUACCAUAUGUUUCCUUUUCCGGUGUAAGCAGAUUGUGAUAAGACAUGAUGAAAGGCUUGGUGGUUGAUGAAAAUAUGUCCAAUUUGACAUCUGCAUCAAGUGAAAUAAGUGCUUCUUCCGGAACAAGGAAUGACAAUGGUUCUCUACAUCCUCAGUACUCAUCUACUUCAACAAAUCAAGAACCACAGCCCAAAAAGAAGAGAAGCCUUCCAGGAUACCCAGACCCUGAGGCUGAAGUGAUAGCCUUGACUCCCAAGACCCUCAUGACAACAAACCGGUUCAUUUGUGAGGUUUGUAACAAAGGGUUUCAAAGAGAUCAGAAUCUACAGCUUCAUAAAAGAGGGCAUAAUUUGCCAUGGAAGCUAAAGAAGAAAAAUAGCAAAGAAAUAACAAGAAAGAAAGUAUAUAUAUGCCCAGAGCCAACAUGCGUUCACCAUGACCCAUCAAGGGCCCUUGGGGACCUCACUGGAAUCAAGAAACACUUUUUCAGGAAGCAUGGGGAGAAGAAAUGGAAGUGUGACAAGUGCUCCAAGCGUUACGCAGUUCAAUCGGAUUGGAAAGCUCACUCCAAAAUUUGUGGCACCAGAGAGUAUAAAUGUGACUGUGGAACCCUUUUCUCUAGGAGGGAUAGUUUUAUAACUCACAGAGCCUUCUGUGAUGCUUUAGCACAGGAAAGUGCUAGAACAAUCACAGCAAUGAACCCUUUACUAUCCACUCACACACAACUUCAUAGCCAUGGCUUUCAACCACCAUCAUCAGUGAAAAUAGAACAAGGGUUCAACUUAAGACCAGAAAUUCCACCAUUUCACCAAAUGCAUUUCGACCAGUGCUUAAUCCAGCAUGAAAACCCUAACCCUACAACUACUUUGUUUCCUUCUUUCCAUUCCAAUGUUUCUCCUCACAUGUCUGCCACUGCUUUGUUGCAAAAGGCAUCACAAAUAGGUGUAACAGUAACGGCACCUUCUCAUGGCAUGCUUAGACCCCACCACUUGAAGCAGCAGGUUCACGUGCAUGAAUAUUUUAAUACAACUGGGUAUAAUAUGGCUUCAUCUUCAGCUGUUUCUGGAAUGGUUAUGCCGUCACGUGAAGAAAUAGGAACUGGGUUUGGUCAUGGUUUGGCAUCUUAUGGGAAUAAAGCUGCAACUACUUCAGAUUACUUGGAAGAAUGUGAUGCUGCAAACACAGAAGCUGAUCAAGAAUAUUCUCUUUUUAAUGAUGUGAUGGCAAGUACUAUGCAUUCAGCUAGUGGGUUUGAGGAGGCUAUGACUAUGAAGGGUAUGUUUAAUUCUCCAAGAGGUAAUGAACUUGUUUCAAAAUCAACACUAUCACCUGCAGCUGGUGCCAACGAUGAAAUGACAAGAGAUUUUCUGAGCCUUAAAGCAUUUUCUCAAAGGGAAUUCUUCAAUAUAUCUGAGAUUGAUCACUUGGGUUCAUCAUAUGGCAAACAAAAUCAUAACCAAGGACCUUGGCAAGGGUAAUUAGGUUUGUAUUUAACAACUCCUUUCGAAUACGAUUUUCUGUGUACCUGAAAUUUCAUUGCAUUUUUACUAA